CGAUGUGAUGUAAUGUGAUGCAAUCACUCGCGACGGGGAGACUGGUUCGAGCUCGAUCGGGAGCUACGAAGAGCCACGAACAGUCGAAACUUUCCGGCAAUCAUCGGAAAUAAAUCUCAAUCCUUGAUUGAACGUUCGCUUUGAAGUCGCGAAAAUUGUGAUCAAACUUUGCCUCACAGGCAGAUCUCUGCUAAAGUUUCAGAUGGGGCGAAAAGUGACUCUUGCGGCUUGCACGUUAAAUCAAUGGGCCUUGGAUUUUGAAGGCAACUUGAAACGCAUUCUUCAGAGUAUAAAUCUUGCCAGAGCACAUGGUGCAACAUACAGGCUUGGACCAGAGCUGGAAAUCCCUGGUUACGGUUGCAACGAUCAUUUCUUGGAAAGCGACACGCUACUGCAUUCUUUUCAAGUUCUUUCUGUGUUGCUAAAAUCGCCAGUGGCCAAGGACAUCAUCUGCGAUGUUGGAAUGCCCAUAAUGCACAGGAAUGUUCGCUACAACUGCAGAGUUAUUUUUCUCAAUGGAAAAAUACUUUUGAUCCGUCCGAAAAUGACACUUGCUAACGAUGCUAACUAUAGAGAGGGUCGUUGGUUUACAAAGUGGAACAAGGUGUGUACUGUCAAUAGAGAUCUGAGAUAUUUCCAGUCCGCUGUAAUGGUUUUUCCCACAUUUUCCACUAUCUGGAAUGGCUACUUUGAUGGGUGGUGUGGGGAGUAGCCUAUCCACCGGCUAAACCAUUAUCCAGUAGAUAUUUGUGCUAAGCAUUAUCAAAGCAUUUGAAAAAAUGAGUAUCCAGGGGUUGGGAGGGGGGCAUUGAAGAGGCUCCAGCCCUCCCACAUCCCUGCAACUGCCCCCUCCCCAAUCCCCAAGAAAAGAAGACUUACUAGGAGGAGUAGAUGUAUCUUCAGCCUAGUCCCUAUUCCCCCUCUCCUUUGAUCAAUAUUCUGCCAUCCCUGGAUUUUUACUAACAUAAGAGCACUGGUUAGCUAGCCUGCAUCAUAGACAAACUCUAAAUGUGGCAAGUAAUGUCUGCAAAGCAACCCCAAGAUAAUUGUUCAAAAUGAUAGAAAGACAAGCUAUAUUGGGGGAUGACUGUGUUAGUGGUAGUCCUUAAUUUUUGCAAGGCUACGAGGAAGGCGUUGGAACCACUUUCAUGAAACUUAUCAUAAAAUAAUACAGUUGAUAGACAUUUUUCAUCAUAUUAUUUUAGGGUCAUUCAUGAGGGAGGACCCUCAUGGGAUGUUCCCCAAAUCUACCACUCCAAUUUUUCUCUUGCCAUCUCCUCUUUUAUUUAAUGGAGAGCAGGCUCACAGAUUACUUUGGGGUUUGUUAGAAGCACUAUAAAUCCCCAACAUACAUUUGGCCUCAUCUGCAAGCCACUACAUAAAUUCUUGUUGUGGGUCCCCAGCUGUGUAGGAGGACUUAAGUACAGACCUUGGUUGGCCUCUUAAUGAAGCUAUUAUCCAACAGCCAACCAGGUUAAGAGAAAUUUGAAUUCAAAGUAUACCAUGUCUGGUAAUUUGUUGAGUCUGUUGGAGGCCCAGAACAAGAAUCUCAGGGCUGCUUUGCAAACUUUACUAGGCAAGGUUAGAUUACAUCUGUGAUACAGGCUGCAACAUAAUGUUCCUUCUACUCUGUCGAUGUACAACAAGUGAAACCUGAGAAAACAGCUGACAUUUUGCGACGCCACCACUGGUUUCCCCACGAAACGACGUCUGAGCAACAAGUGCAAAAAUUCCAUACUGAUGAUGCAGUACUGCCAGGAUCUGGGUAGUGCUUCUGAUUGGCUGAAAAUUUGUUUCAACCAAUCAGAAGCACUAACCAGAUCUGGGUAGUGAUGCGUCUUCAUUUCUGUGCUUGUUUCUCAGACGUCAUUUCACAGGGAAUCCCGUGGGGCAUUGCAAAAUGUGGGCUGUUUUCUCAGACUACAACAUGUGCAGACUGCAGACGCACAACCUGGCUGGUAAAUAAGGUAAACGUUGUUGUGUAAUGCUCUAAAAGAUUCCCUAUCCCCUAACUUCAAGUCUUCUAAAAAUCUUGUUUAGGAAUGGGGAAUCUGUUAGAGCAUUUCACCAAAAUGUUUACCUCAUUUACCUGCCAGUCUGUGAGUCUUCAUUUGCCGCACACCACUACUAUGUUGUCUGACCAAAGCCUUUCUUUUGCCUUCUCUGUUUCUGUCCAGCCAAAGCAAACUGAAGAGUACUUUCUCCCUCGUAUGAUAGCAGAAAUAACUGGCCAGGACAGUGUUCCAUUUGGAGAUGGUGUUAUCUCCACUCUGGAUACUUGUGUUGGUUCAGAAAUCUGCGAGGAGCUGUUUAGUGUAGAUGGUCCGCAUAUUAGUAUGGCAUUGGAUGGUGUGGAAAUCAUCACUAAUGCAAGUGGAAGCCAUCAUCAACUAAGGAAACUUAAUACUAGGGUGGAUUAUGUAACAGAUGCAACAACAAAGGUGAAAUACAAAUCUCUGAACUUACAAACUACAAACCUUUUUAAGUACAAAAAUGGUGAAUAAUCUAAAGAAUAAAACUGUGACCUACAAACUAUUGGACUUCUGAUCUGCAGCUUAUGAAGUUUGACUAGCUGAUAUGUGGUACCAUUCUCAGGGUCUUUCUUCUUCCCAUCCCAGGAUGAGGACAAAUAAAAUUCAUCAUUUGGCCUUCCUGCACAAAUCCAACAAUACAGUUCCUUCACGUAAAGUCACUGAAAAUAUUGUCUCCAGCAGGAGCUUUAAAAGCACAUAAAAGAAAAGUAUGAUUCUCAACCUGGGAGAUUAAUAAUGUUAGUUUAAUGGUUAUAAUGUUGAGGACUUGGGGAAUGGAGAUGGAAUUGCAGGGUUUAAACCAAAUAGAACAGAGCUCUGUGUUUAAUACUGUAACUAAAUUUUCUUUAUGGUAGAUUAGAUGGAUAAUAUAAUAAGUUUGUCUUUUGCAAAGUAACCCUAUUAAUAAAGAAGAUCAUUCACAGAUAUCUCACAGUGGUUAACAAAAAUUAAACAUGUACGUUUGCUGGUCAAAGCAUUUGUUUGUAGAAAUAAUAUUGCCAUCACUGAUGUCAAACUGAACAUUAGAGGUCUUUGCUUUUCUUAUCCUGUAGGCUGGUGGCAUUUAUGUAUAUGCAAAUAUGAGAGGCUGUGAUGGAGAAAGGGUUUACUAUGAUGGAUGCUCGAUGAUUGCUGUCAAUGGUCAUGUUGUUGCGCAGGGUGCACAGUUUUCAUUGCAGGAGGUAGAAGUUGUCACGGCAACAAUCGACUUGGAAGAAGUGCGCUCUCAUAGAGGCUCUACACCAACAUUUGGUUCAAGUGCAACAGCUUACACUAAGAGCUAUCCGCGUCUCAAGGUGGACUUUGCAUUGAGUCAUGGAGAUGACAUAUCCAUCCCUUCAGCAGACCCAAUAGAGGUUCAGUACCACUCGCCUGAGGAGGAGAUAAGUCUUGGUCCAGCUUGUUGGUUAUGGGACUAUCUCAGGAGGAGUGGUCAGGCGGGCUUUUUUUUACCACUCAGUGGAGGUAUGUCAUUUGCAGUGGUGGGUCGAGACCUUCAGAUAUGUGGGGCCCGGUGGUCAUCCAGACCCUGAGAUAAGUGAGGAAGGGCGCGGGCAGGGGGAUUGCUCGUCUCCAAAAAAAAUUUUUUUGGCCCUUUCACGCCUCAGUUUGGUCAUAAAAUAAGAGGGGGGAUGGGCACCCGGGCCUCUCCCCUGAAUCUACCACUGAUUUGAAUGUUGUUGGUUAAAUGUGUUGUGGAUCAAUUUGCCAUCUUGCCCAUUCAAUAAAAAUUACCAGAAACCAAUAGUAUUGCUUUAUGGAUAUUAGCAUUAUUUUUUGUUUUUUUUUUGUGUCGUCUGAACCUCAACUUUGUCUCAAACCAUAAAAAAGCAAAAUAAGAACUUACCAAUACAGUCAACUUUCUCCAAGAUGGACAUCUUUGGGAUGGGAACUAUAUGUCUGCCAUAGUGAGUUGUCCAUCCUUAACCCUUUGAGUCCCAAUAGUGACUAACGUCAAUUUUCUCCUAACGAUUUCCAUACAAUGUCAAGCAAUUAGGUUAUGAGAAUUCAUAAAAUGAUCACCUAAGGGAAAAUGCCCUGAUCUUUUCUCAAAUUGUCUCAACUCAUUCAUGAAGGAAAUGUAUGGAGAUCAGUUUGGAGAAUUUGUAAAAGAACUAAAGAAAGGCAGGGACCAACUCUUGGUGUCCAUUUUAGCAAAGUGUCCGUCUUAUAGAGGUGUCCAUUAAGAGAGAAUUGCCUGCAGUGAUAUUCAACCAUAUUGACCACUUGGACAAUAAUGCAUAAUGUCUUCUUGAUGUAGGAAUCGACAGCUCAUCAACAGCUUGUAUUGUCAGUUCCAUGUGCCACCUAGUUUGCCUUGCUGUAAAGAAUGGUGAUCAACAGGUGUUAGAAGACUGCCGCAGGAUCAUCAAUGACAAGUGAGUCUACCCGUUUAUGGCCUAAAGCAGCCACUCACUAAUGAGUUCCUGUGUUAAUGCACGGCACUUUAUUUCACUGUUAAUAAAUUUAGCACGAAAGCACUAAUUGAGGACACUAUAUUUUUACCUCUCCUCCUGGAGACUGGACCGCCAUUUUACAUGCUCAUCCCAGCCACGCGAAGGUCUAGCCAUUUACAAGGGUAAAGGCAGCAUCUUCAUUCCUCAGUCAUUUUAAGACCAUGAGUGUUGGGCCGGUCCCAGGAAUUGACUUGCGACCUCCCUCUCUGCAGUCAAGCACUCUACCAACUGAGCUAAUCUUGUCGCGGUGAAUUUGGAGUUAUUGUAGUGGUAGUUAGGUCAGUUUAUGAGAUCACCCACUGGUGUUAUCUUACCACUGUUUCUUUUAUGUGAGAACGUUGCUCCACAUUCUCUCUCUUAUCAAGCCUGGGACCAGCCCUUACUUCCCCUCUCCUCCCCCAAAACGUACAGCCUGUUGACAAGCUAUCUUUAACCUGGUGUACUUAUCCCCACUGACAUCUUACUGCUUGUCCCAUCAUAGAGAGGUACUGCUAUGUUAUUAGGGGGCUUAAAGGUGAUGUUACACGAGACGAUUCGCAACGACGAUUUUUAGCGCAACACAGCGUUGCAAUGUUGGAACAGUGUUGUAACUAUUCCAUACAAUGUCACGCUAAAAAUCGUCGUUGCAAAUCGUCUCGUGUAACACCACCUUAAGCAACAACGACGGCAACGAGAAAGGCAAAAAAGCAAUAGGUUUAGAUUAGCAAAAUAACAACUUUGCCCGUGCAUCACGCCUUUUUGUACAUUUCUUUGACGUCACUGCACGACUGCGACGUGAAAAUGCCUAAAUUCACGUUUUGUGCGGGAGAACGUGAACGCAAGACAAUGACUUUCUCUUUUUUUCCUGAAGUUCGAUACAGUCUUUUAGAAUUCAGCUCUCGAAAAAAAUGCCAACAUUUGACGAAUUGAACGAGAUGGGAUAAGUGCAAUAAAGUUUGAAGCAGGGCGAAUUAAGUUUUUAAGUGACGUUUUUGUAGCCGUUGCCGUCGUCGCUGCCCUGGUUCUCAUAGGCCGCCCAAGUACCUGCGACAUAUCCGCCGGUACUGCCUGCGAUACUACUGUGACAUACAUGUACGAGGACAUAACGCUGCUGGCAACAUGAAACAUCGCAGGUCUUUACCGCCAGCAUACCUGCGAAGUCUAACUCGAGUCUUAGGAAAGCAUCCUAAAACUAAAUUAAAAAUCACUCUCUUCUUCGUUACCUUCUAGUAAUUACAUACCUACGGAUCCCAAAGAGCUGGCAGGCCGUAUAUUUGUCACAUGUUACAUGGGAACACAGAAUUCUUCCGAGGAGACCAGAAAAAGAGCAAGCGAUUUAGCAGAAGAGAUAGGCAGUUACCAUAUGGGUACCUUUUGCGUUUUUGUCUUUUUGAUAAUUUUGAUUGUAGAUGGUAGUUUUUCUUUUUAAAUAGUUUUACCCAGUUGGAGUAAGCGCGACAUCAUCCUUCUGUGGUGCGGUCGUUUCGCCCACGCGUUUUAAGUCGAUUCGCCCGAUGACAGACAACACUUUACAACAAAGUGAGCGUAUCAGAGAUGUAAUAGGCCAUUUCCGAGUUCCCUCGGGCCUCUGUUUCAAAACGAGGGUAGGUGUUCAGCCUUUGAUGUGGAAAUCAUUUUUCUUUCUCAUGCAAAGGAAACUCAUUUUCACAAGAAAGGUUGUGCACCUAGCCUCAUUUUGAAAGUGAGGGUUUUUGGAACUCGGAAGUGGCUUUUUGUAAUUAAGCAUUGAUCCCUCAUGCGCAGUCACUGUCUUUUCAAGCGUGUUCCAUCUUUUAGGCUUAAAGAACGACGAAUACACAUUGGGCGAAUCGACUUAAGUCCGGACGAACUGCCGUCGGGCGAAACGACUAGAUACCCUUCAGAGUCUUCCUCCCCCAUCAGCCACAUCCCGAUUGAGGGUGUAUUCGAGGAAUUGGGCAACGAGGACUCCUAUUGACACUUGUUUACCUUUCCUAUAGGAAUCACAAUCGAUGCUGCCGUCACUGCUGUCCUCGGGAUAUUUACAGCAGUUACGGGUAAAAUCCCGAAGUUCAAGUUGUACGGGGGGACACAACGCGAGAACCUCGCCAUGCAAAAUGUGCAGGCGCGACUGCGCAUGGUCUUAGCAUAUUUAUUUGCUCAGCUGAUCAUGUGGGCGCGUGGGCUUCCUGGUGGUCUGCUUGUCUUAGGAUCUGCCAAUGUUGAUGAAAGGUAUCUAUAGAGCUAUAUCAUACAGCUAAGGCGAAGUCAGGUGAUAGGCUUCAUCUUAAGACAGAAAAAGCGAAAUAUUUACCGGCAUUUUGUUAGUGGUUCAAAUCUAUCCCUUUCCUAUUUUGGGGACGAAACAUUCGAAAUAUGUAAUGAUAGCCGACAGACCCGGUCUAGUUUGCCGUGCGAGCGAUGAUCCCUCAUCGGCAGAUUAUCUAGUACCUAUGUUGAUGACACCAUUUUUUCCCACCCCAGUAACGAUCACUCAUUUUAAAUACGAUCCAGACCAGUGAGCGCAUUUCAUUCAACUAUAGGUGGUUUUCAUGCAAUCUCGGGAGACACAAAUAACAAUGGUGAAAUGAACAAAUGCUGGUGGACAAACAAAGCGAGCUACUGAGCGAUCUUUUGUUUACCGUCCACCAGCAUGGCGGCGAUGACGUAACGUGAAAACCACCUAUUUUUUGUCUGUUAUGUGUUACCAUGUUCCCAAUGAAUAGUGUUGCUUGAUUUGCUAACUUUCUUUCGAUCUCUUUGCGGCGGUCAUUUGGUGCAGCGUUAUCUGAUGUAGGAAUCGACAGCUCAUCAACAGCUUGUAUUGUCAGUUCCAUGUGCCACCUAGUUUGCCUUGCUGUAAAGAAUGGUGAUCAACAGGUGUUAGAAGACUGCCGCAGGAUCAUCAAUGACAAGUGAGUCUACCCGUUUAUGGCCUAAAGCAGCCACUCACUAAUGAGUUCCUGUGUUAAUGCACGGCACUUUAUUUCACUGUUAAUAAAUUUAGCACGAAAGCACUAAUUGAGGACACUAUAUUUUUACCUCUCCUCCUGGAGACUGGACCGCCAUUUUACAUGCUCAUCCCAGCCACGCGAAGGUCUAGCCAUUUACAAGGGUAAAGGCAGCAUCUUCAUUCCUCAGUCAUUUUAAGACCAUGAGUGUUGGGCCGGUCCCAGGAAUUGACUUGCGACCUCCCUCUCUGCAGUCAAGCACUCUACCAACUGAGCUAAUCUUGUCGCGGUGAAUUUGGAGUUAUUGUAGUGGUAGUUAGGUCAGUUUAUGAGAUCACCCACUGGUGUUAUCUUACCACUGUUUCUUUUAUGUGAGAACGUUGCUCCACAUUCUCUCUCUUAUCAAGCCUGGGACCAGCCCUUACUUCCCCUCUCCUCCCCCAAAACGUACAGCCUGUUGACAAGCUAUCUUUAACCUGGUGUACUUAUCCCCACUGACAUCUUACUGCUUGUCCCAUCAUAGAGAGGUACUGCUAUGUUAUUAGGGGGCUUAAAGGUGAUGUUACACGAGACGAUUCGCAACGACGAUUUUUAGCGCAACACAGCGUUGCAAUGUUGGAACAGUGUUGUAACUAUUCCAUACAAUGUCACGCUAAAAAUCGUCGUUGCAAAUCGUCUCGUGUAACACCACCUUAAGCAACAACGACGGCAACGAGAAAGGCAAAAAAGCAAUAGGUUUAGAUUAGCAAAAUAACAACUUUGCCCGUGCAUCACGCCUUUUUGUACAUUUCUUUGACGUCACUGCACGACUGCGACGUGAAAAUGCCUAAAUUCACGUUUUGUGCGGGAGAACGUGAACGCAAGACAAUGACUUUCUCUUUUUUUCCUGAAGUUCGAUACAGUCUUUUAGAAUUCAGCUCUCGAAAAAAAUGCCAACAUUUGACGAAUUGAACGAGAUGGGAUAAGUGCAAUAAAGUUUGAAGCAGGGCGAAUUAAGUUUUUAAGUGACGUUUUUGUAGCCGUUGCCGUCGUCGCUGCCCUGGUUCUCAUAGGCCGCCCAAGUACCUGCGACAUAUCCGCCGGUACUGCCUGCGAUACUACUGUGACAUACAUGUACGAGGACAUAACGCUGCUGGCAACAUGAAACAUCGCAGGUCUUUACCGCCAGCAUGCCUGCGAAGUCUAACUCGAGUCUUAGGAAAGCAUCCUAAAACUAAAUUAAAAAUCACUCUCUUCUUCGUUACCUUCUAGUAAUUACAUACCUACGGAUCCCAAAGAGCUGGCAGGCCGUAUAUUUGUCACAUGUUACAUGGGAACAGAGAAUUCUUCCGAGGAGACCAGAAAAAGAGCAAGCGAUUUAGCAGAAGAGAUAGGCAGUUACCAUAUGGGUACCUUUUGCGUUUUUGUCUUUUUGAUAAUUUUGAUCGUAGAUGGUAGUUUUUCUUUUUAAAUAAUUUUACCCAGUUGGAGUGAGCGCGACAUCAUCCUUCUGUGGUGCGGUGUAUUCCCUUAGCGGUCGUUUCGCCCACGCGUUUUAAGUCGAUUCGCCCGAUGACAGACAACACUUUACAACAAAGUGAACAUGCGUAUCAGAGAUGUAAUAGGCUAUUUCCGAGUUCCCUUGGGCCUCUGUUUCAAAACGAGGGUAGGUGUUCAGCCUUUGAUGUGGAAAUCAUUUUUCUUUCUCAUGCAAAGGAAACUCAUUUUCACAAGAAAGGUUGUGCACCUAGCCUCAUUUUGAAAGUGAGGGUUUUUUGGAACUCGUAAGUGGCUUAUUGUAAUUAAGCAUUGAUCCCUCAUGCGCAGUCACUAUCUUUUCAAGCGUGUUCCAUCUUUUAGGCUUAAAGAACGACGAAUACACAUUGGGCGACUCAACUUAAGUCCGGGCGAACUGCCGUCGGGCGAAACGACCAGAUACCCUUCAGAGUCUUCCUCCCCCAUCAGCCACAUCCCGAUUGAGAGUGUAUUCGAGGAAUUGGACAACGAGGACUCCAAUUUACACUUGUUUACCUUUCCUAUAGGAAUCACAAUCGAUGCUGCCGUCACUGCUGUCCUCGGGAUAUUUACAGCAGUUACGGGUAAAAUCCCGAAGUUCAAGUUGUACGGGGGGACACAACGCGAGAACCUCGCCAUGCAAAAUGUGCAGGCGCGACUGCGCAUGGUCUUAGCAUAUUUAUUUGCUCAGCUGAUCAUGUGGGCGCGUGGGCUUCCUGGUGGUCUGCUUGUCUUAGGAUCUGCCAAUGUUGAUGAAAGGUAUCUAUAGAGCUAUAUCAUACAGCUAAGGCGAAGUCAGGUGAUAGGCUUCAUCUUAAGACAGAAAAAGCGAAAUAUUUACCGGCAUUUUGUUAGUGGUUCAAAUCUAUCCCUUUCCUAUUUUGGGGACGAAACAUUCGAAAUAUGUAAUGAUAGCCGACAGACCCGGUCUAGUUUGCCGUGCGAGCGAUGAUCCCUCAUCGGCAGAUUAUCUAGUACCUAUGUUGAUGACACCAUUUUUUCCCACCCCAGUAACGAUCACUCAUUUUAAAUACGAUCCAGACCAGUGAGCGCAUUUCAUUCAACUAUAGGUGGUUUUCAUGCAAUCUCGGGAGACACAAAUAACAAUGGUGAAAUGAACAAAUGCUGGUGGACAAACAAAGCGAGCAACUGAGCGAUCUUUUGUUUACCGUCCACCAGCAUGGCGGCGAUGACGUAACGUGAAAACCACCUAUUUUUUGUCUGUUAUGUGUUACCAUGUUCCCAAUGAAUAGUGUUGCUUGAUUUGCUAACUUUCUUUCGAUCUCUUUGCGGCGGUCAUUUGGUGCAGCGUUAUCUGUCCGUAAAGUAAUGUUGAAGUUGGGAAGUAAACGUCGCGAGCAUUAAGUCGUCUGAGAAUAAGGCGAGUCUAAUUUUGUCCCAAAAAAAGAGUCUUACUUUGUCUCCAGACUUUCCUAUUCGUAAAGCGAUAGGGGAAAGGGAACGAACGGGCCACAAGGCAGAUUCAUUAACAAAAGAACUAGCUUGCGCAAGCGCAUCCCAAUUUAACAAACACGAAAAAGGGAUCUAGAGACUUGACUAGACGCGGCUAAAUGUACUGUCGGAAAAUGUGGCUGAAAAGAAUGAUUAGCGCAUAAAUUUUGCAUCUUUCUCUUCUGCCCAAAUGAGCUAACGGGUAGUCUUUUUUGAACAGUUUAUGCGGAUAUUUGACGAAGUACGAUUGCUCAAGUGCAGACAUCAAUCCAAUCGGAGGCAUCAGCAAGAAGGAUUUAAAAGCGUUUAUUUUCUACUGCGUGGAGAAGUUUAAUUUUAGUUCACUCAUACGAAUUCUUGGUGCUCCCCCAACCGCCGAGUUAGAGCCACUUGCAGAUGGUCAAAUACAACAGACUGACGAGGUGAAUAUGUUGUUACUGUUGUUGUUUUUGAAAUCGUUGUCAAACUCAUCAACAACAAAUGGGGUUAAGUUUAGGUGCUCCAGAGGAUGGUGAUGCCAAGCGCAUAAGAGACGAGCACAAAGUAUCCAUGGCAACCAGUGGUUGACCACCACCACCGGCACCAAUACACUGACCAAGUAUAACACAGGACGGUGGAACCUCGAUAUAACAAAUCACUAUAUAACGGAGUCCUCGGUUUAACGAACGGUUUUCUUUACCCCAGUAAUAAUAAGAUAUAUGAAACAGGACCUCGAUAUAAGUUAACAAAACCUCGUUAUAGCGAACAAAUUUUGUCAGCCCCUUGGCCCUUCGUCAUAUCGAGGUUCCACUGUACACACUUACCUGAAAGGGAGGGGAGAGGGACGUGGAAAAAUCAGCGAAAAGGCGCGAAACACGCUUAACUGCGCAAUGAAUCUCAACAAUUUUCAUCAAGCCCUUUUAUUAUUUACCUGGGCUUCCCCAGCGUAAUGUGAGCCGCUACAAUCGAAACUGCUGACCAGUAUUGUUUCGCGUUAAACUUCGCCUAAAUUAUAUGUAGCCACAUAGUAGAUAUAAAAAAAGUAACAUGUAAAACCUCUGCCAAAGGGUUUUUUUAUAACUGGUCCAGGAGCCGAUCGAUUCCUGAUGGUCACUCCAAAGAAUGUUUUGGUCAGACUAAGGAGUAGGUUCCACUUAAAUUUGCCCCAUAAUGGACUCUGCGGUUCGAAACUUAUUGAAUUGUUUACCAAUUAAGGACCAGCUAGGCGAAAGUUAGUAAUUUGUUUUGCGAGUGAUCUGCCCACAAAUCUUACAAUCGUUUGGGCCUUCAUGGUCACACUUAAAUGAUUUCAUCCAUAGACUCAGAAGUUACAAAAGCCUUGUGCAACAUGAAAAAAAAAAGUUCUGAAAAAAAAAAAGGAAAACAAUGCUAAUGUAGCUUUUGUUUCAGUAGUGUCACCUAAACGUUUUAUUUCUCGUGUUUAAAAUCUUGUCAACUUAGACGGCUUUUCAAACAGCAUGAAUAUCUCUUUCUCUUGUAGGAGGAUAUGGGUAUGACAUAUGAUGAGCUGUCUAUGUUCGGACGCCUAAGAAAAAUCUCGCGCUGUGGACCAUACAGCAUGUUCUGCAAACUGGUUCACACGUGGCGAGCAAAUUACGCACCCUUGGCUGUCGCAGAGAAGGUGAAGCGCUUCUUCCGCGCUUACUCGAUCAAUCGACAUAAAAUGACGACUUUGACUCCAGCGUAUCACGCCGAAAACUACUCUCCGGACGACAAUCGAUUUGAUCUGCGACCGUUCUUGUACAACACGCAGUGGUCAUGGCAAAUGCGACUGGUUGACGAUGAAAUCCGACGACUUCAACAAGCAGCUGAAAAGUUGCAUUUGCGUCAGCAACAGCCACACCUUCAAGCCAACAGUGAUGCCUUAUUUGGGGGUUUACAUGAUCAGAACGUGAGUGGCUCCGAAGGUGUGACGUCGUCAUCCCUGCCUGUAAAGACGGAGCGGACUGGAAACCACUUUUGCGCAGAUGAGCGGACACAUCAGGCGCGAAAGGAGAGGCUGCAACGAACUGUAGAGUCUUGGGUGAAUUACAACCGGGGAUCGAGAAGAAGGGAGAUAAAUGAAACUCCCCCAUGCCCUGCUCUCAUCCGCAUCAAAACGGAACCCCCUGAUCUUGAACAAGGUUGCCAUUCGGACGUGAAUGAGCAUUCGGACUCAGAGUUGAGGUCUCGUAAGAGAGACGUGACUGAAAUAUCAGGACACGUAACGGAUGGGGAGUUUAUAAGCGCGGAAAAGUAUAUGCGCAUUCAGUCCCGAUGA